UCAAAAGCUCUUCGGGAAAAUCUGCUGGCUCCGCAGAAGAGGAAGAAGCCAGAAGGAGGCAGUCAGAAGAGGAUGAGCUGAAGGUGAAAAAGCUGGAAGAAAACAUACACAGGCUGGAACAAGAAAUACAAAAAUUAGAAAGUGAGGAAUCCCAAAUAUCUGCCAAAGAACAAAUCAUUUUGGAGAAACUAAAGGAGACUGAGAAGUCCUUCGACAACUUGCAAAAGAGUUUCUCACACCAGGAUGGUGAUGCAGUAAAUUACAUUUACUCCCAGAUCCCUGAACUCCCAACCCUCUAUUCACGAACAGCAGAGCCAGUUCCUGGGCGGGACGGAGCAAGCAGAGUAGCUGCUUUGUGCACCAUGGAAAUUAAUGUGGAGAAAGACAAACAGACAGGAGAGACCAAGAUUGUCUCUGCUUCACCUAUUGGCCCAGAUGAGGCCCAUCAAAGAGGAUUCAAAGUCUAUGAUGAUGGUACCAAGGUAGUCUAUGAGGUUCACUCUGGUGGCACAGUAGUAGAAAAUGGAGUACAUAAAUUAAGCUCAAAGGACGUAGAUGAACUUAUGCAAAAAGCUGGACAAUCAAGUGUAAAAGGAGGGUAUGAAACAAUGACUGUGUCAGACAGAAAUGCAGUAGCCGAUGGAAACCUUAGCCAUAUGAAGGAGCAAAUGCUCUUCAAGGAGGCAAAGCUGGAAAUGGUACACAAACCCAGCAAAGGGCAUGCUGUGAAUCCUCAGCCCCAAGACAAACCCUGCGGUGGCAAAGCUCUGGAGGCCAGCGCAGACCAGCCAGUGACAAUGAUAUUUAUGGGCUACCAGAACAUCGAUGAUGAAGAGGAGACGAAGAAAGUGCUGGGCUACGACGAGACCAUCAAGGCAGAGCUGGUCCUGAUCGACGAAGACGACGAGAAGUCCUUGCGGGAGAAGACAGUGACAGACGUCUCCACCAUGGACGGGAACGCCGCUGAGCUGGUCUCUGGCAGGCCCCUGUCGGACACGACAGAGCCCUCCUCUCCCGAGGGGAAGGAAGAGAGCCUGCCCUUGGAAGCUGCCCCAGGUACACAAAAGAAAAAGCGCUGUCAAUGCUGUAUUGUCAUGUGA